GGCACGCGAACGCGGCAACUAUAUAAGUGGCUCUGAAGUUUGUUCAGAAAACGGCUUAGUAAUCCGCACGCCUCAGCGCGCAACGCGCAACGCCAAGUAAAACGAUUAGCGGGCGUUUAAAAGGUAUCGCGUGUGUAAACGCGGAAAAGCUGCCAAAGUCAGUUCAUGAAAUAUAUUUGUAAGAGGGCGACAAGCAGGUGUAUACAUAUGGGCAUGAGUACCAGCCACCGGCUAUGAAUGAGCCGAAUUGUGCAGUGUGGCGUGUUGAAAGGCAGCGAUCGCGAUUUUUGCUUCCCGUUGUGUGCCAGUGACAUUGAACUUGUGCAAAUAUAUUACAUGCUUCAACCAUAGGCAGGAAGCAAAUUAAGUUAAUUGAAUUCGACAACAUUACAAUAAAUGAAACAAUAAUAACAACAACAACUGAAUAACCAACAAAAUACACGUGUAAAUGCAAAUUAGCGGAUGGAGUAAAAAUGUUUUAGGUACGGUGAAGCCUGCAAAAUAUUUAAUAUUCGUAUUGCAACAAUCGAGAUAUCGAGAUAACGGUCCAAAUCAACAAUAAACGCGACAAGAAUACAAAUACAAGAACACAUUUUCGUGUAACGAACAAACAUGGGAAAAACAUAUUAUUUACAGAUAUCUUUGCUGCUCCUUGUUUGCUCUAUGAGCGUUUUCGCCGAAAAUGUUGCGAACAUAAGUGAUAGCCUAGCGGUGGAAACAGCAGUCGACACAGUAAAAGUAACAGCAAGCAUAGCACCUGCAACAAAGAGCAAAACAGAAAAACGCGACUCUUCAGAUCAAGUUGGGCCAACAGCAUUCACAAACAAAGAAGCUGCUCCUUUCAGACCCGUAACUAGUGGAACUUAUCAACAAUUGCCUUCUCAGCCGCAGCCAUUCCAAUCAUCCCCUGCUCCUUCUCCAAUUAGUUUUCAACCAACAACCGUACGUUAUAUAGGCGAAGAGGCAGCUCCACAAGUAUAUUAUGACAGGCCUCUAAACAGUCGCCCAGUCUCUGGACCCUCAAAUGGUCUAAAAUUUUCUAAUUAUGUUGAUGACAACAUUCAUUAUGGCACACCUAUACAUUCCUUUCGAGGGCCUUAUCAGCAACACCUAGCGCAACCACAACCGCAGUCACUGCAUCAACAGCAACAACAACAAUAUCAGCUUAAACACCAGUAUAACCACCAGGCGGCCAAACUACCGCCGAAUCUGAGUUAUGCCGAAGGAGGUUUUAUACCGUCGGAUCGGCAAUUGCAGCAGGAGCAGCCACCACAACCUUACAGGCAACAACACACGCACACACAACAUCAACAACCAAAUGAACACCACAGUCAACAAAUUCAACAACAACAACCAGUGAAUCAAAAACAUUCACAACAACAACAGCCAUAUGUUGCUAUAGAAAAACAACCGCAGCAGCAACAGUCUCAGCAGCAACAACAACAACAAUAUCAACAACCUUCACGCCAACAGAUCCAUUACAUCAUUGCCAUUCCGUUAUCGUAUGUGCGACAGCUGCAAUAUCAAUUAGCAGCACAGCAUGGAGCAACGCCCCUGACCCAGCACCAACAACAAGCACCGCCGUCAGCGCCAGUGCCCUUAGCGGCACCACGCGCUCCCCUACCACCACUCAUUGUUUUGCAGCCAGUUGGAGGCGGAGGCAGCGGUAGUGGCAGUUCAUUAAGUCGCGAACUCUAUCGCACACAACAGCCCAUUCAUUAUGUGUCACAUGCGCCGGCGCCGACUAACCCUGCAGCCGGUCCACAUGUACAAACGCCGCCGGCGUUGACGCCACAACAAUUGCCUUAUCCGAUGAAUUUGCUCCUUUCAGCAUUGGCGCGACCUCGACCGGCAGUGUACCCGGCUUCGCAGUUGUUGUACGUACAGCCGCAACUUAUUCGCCAUGCACCACAGCAGCAGCAGCAGCAGCUGCAACUUCAGGUCAAACAACCUCAUCACUUGCCACAUUACGGUCAUGCAUCGGAUCAACAGCAGCCGCAUGCCAUCGAGGAGCGCAACACGCAGCUAUCAAAACCUUCGCAACCACAACAACAUCCACAUCCAGGGACGCCUCGUGGCGGUCCGAAAUCAAAAGUGAGUCAGGUGCCCUCACCUCCACCUCCCGCAGUAAAUUCUCCGGCUUCACCACCUCCUGCCCCACCGCAACUUACAACUGCAUUGCCGAUACAAUCGCCAUUGCCCCUAGCACCACCGGUAUUGUUCUAUGGCCCCACCUUUGUGCAACCACAGCAGCCCGAGCAGCAUUUACUACCAUCAUCUCCCUAUGCCAGUUACUUUCAAGGACAACUCGGACCAGCGCAACAUGCAGCAACAUUAGUCAAAUUGUCAUCACCGAGUGCAGUGCUCGCGCCACAGACUGCUCUUCCACCUUCCUACUACCACAUUCAGCCCCCACCCAGUGGACCGUCCCCGUUUGCAGCAGCAUUAAACCCACAAAGCCUCUUAGUUGCAAAAGCACCUCUUCAGUUGCAGCAGUCUUCGCUUCAACAUCCACCACCAGCAUUGUCGGCAUUCAGUGGCCGGCCUGCAGUCUAUGUGGCACCGCAGGAUGCCGUCGAGAGCAUCGGCGGGGCGCCUUGGUCAGGAGGGGGAUUACCCUACUUUAUACAUCCGGCGGGUGUGCACUAUGGAACGCACCUAUAUAACCCCGGCUCACCCUUGGUAACACAAAAGCUGCUGGAAAAUGUAGCAAAUGCUGAUGUCGAUAAUCAACAGCAACAACAGCAACAACAUUUGCGACCGGAACCGGAUCGGAAGCAACAGCAACAACAAUUAGGUUCAACAGCGACAAGUGGCGGUAAUGACGACAAUAAUGCCAUUGUUAAGUACCCUUAAGGCAGUAGUGAGGUUAGGGUGUUGAGACCAUGAAAAAUGGGGCGAGAACAGAGAAAUUUUGUUACGUUGCCACGGUGACGCUGCCUUCUAUUCCAUCGCAAUUCGAUCGUAACGGGACUAUUCAAAUUUUGUUUCUUCCACUCACCUCUCAUCCUUUCAAUAUAACAUUCAUACCGUUAUUUAUUUGCUCACACAACUCUAUAAACUAUAUAUAAAUGACUUAGUGUUUUAGAGGUCG